UAAUAAGAAAUAUAUAUGUAUAUAUAAUGGGUUAUUAUUCUUUGUGGAGUGUUUGUUGUGUGAUAUUGGCAUGGUUUGUCUCAGUUGGAAUAUGCGGCACACCAAGGAGUCCCAUGGCAGUUCCAUUUGGAAGAAACUAUGUUCCAACUUGGGCUUAUGAUCACAUCAAAUAUUUGAAUUCUGGUUAUGAUGCUCAGCUUCUUCUUGACAAGUAUACUGGUACUGGGUUCAAUCCAAAGGUUCGUACUUGUUUGGUCACUUCAGCAUGGAUAUAAAGAUGGUUGCUGGAGAUUCGGCUGGAAUAGUCACUGUUUUC